AUGGGAAAAAAAAAACCAGCCUCCCCGACGACCUCCUCCACUCCAUCCUCCGCGACCUCCCGCUCAAGCACGCCGCCCGCACCAGCGCCUUCUCCCGGCGGUGGGCGCCCCAGUGGAUCCGCCGCGUUCCUGGGUCUCCCCGGCGACCUGUUCCAGGUCAGGAGCUCGCUGGAGCGGCUCGCGCUAGGCCGGCUCAGCCUCCGCGCCGUCCCGCUCCCCGCGGCCGCCGGUCUCGCCGGCCUCCGCUCCCUUUCCCUCAGCCACACCGACGUCACCGACGAGGCGCUCCGGGGCGUGCUCGCCACCUGCCGCGCGCUCGAGUCCCUGAGCCUGCGGUGCUGCCCCCUCCUCGCCGCGGUGCGCGUCGCCAGCGAGCGGCUGCGGGCGCUGGAGCUCCUGGGCUGCCUGGGCGUGCGCGAGCUCCGGGUCGCCGCGCCCGCGCUCGAGUCGUUCGCCCUGUACGGCGACGUCAUCCUGAGCACCGCCGACUGGUGCGAGGCCGUCGUCGUCGACUUCGCCCCCGCGCCGGCGCUGCGCGACGUGUACCUCUCGCACAUGGCCGGCCUCCACACCUUGGACCGGAACCACGACUACUACUACCCCUUCGUCUACCACGGUCCCGCAUCCCCGGAUCUUGACGCUCUGCUCCGUCGGCUUGGUGGUGCCGUCGCUUUCAAUGGACUCGGAUGAUGAUGACCGCUUCGAUCAUCUUCCUUAUGCGCAUGUCGACGGCGCUGAGGAUACGUAUGUAGACAUGCCCAACCUCCAAGAGCUGCAGCUGCUGCUGGGCUCCCUAGAAGAAGAAAUUCUCUCUCAGGACGCGCGGUUCCUGAGCGCGUGUACUAUUUCUUCUGUCACACCUCACUUCCGGUCCUCGAACGGCUCUUCAUCCGUCUCUCCAGCACUCCUGCACACAGAAGCAGCUGGGUGUCAGACGAGGAGGAGGAGGAGGACGAUGACAAAUACAUCGGAUUCGGCCACAAGAUCGUCCUCGGCCAGCUGACUUUCAUCAAGGUCGUGAUUUUAGGGGGACAUGGCGGGAGCGGCGGCUGGUCGGGUUCUUGCUGAAGAGGGCACCCAUCCUCGAGUCGAGCAGCUGGUGCUGGUCAUGGCGGAAGGAGGAGGAGCCCCGGGAGACGAGCGCCUGGAGGACAUCCGGGAGUGGGUGUCGGCGCUGCGAAAGGCCUCGCGCGAGGCCACCUCCGUGUGCCGGCCCAGCGAAGACGAUAGCCCGAACCAUGCCCACACGAGGUUCUUCCAUGAGGAGUAUUGCUUCAUGCAUAAAGAAUGAUUUUCUACACGAACAGGGUUGCUUUGUUUGUAAAAAAAUAAUUAUGUUUCAAGUAGUUUUAGGAUGCGCGAUCUGCUCUAUUCUAGUACCUUAUAA